AAGAGAGCGUCUCGUUCGCACGACAAGCGUGCCGUCAUGAAUCCGGAACGAAUGCGCGCGUUUCAAGAGUACCAGAGCAUACUGGACGAGUUGAAGGCCGCGUUCGUCGAGAGAUGGAAGGUUAACAAAACUGACAGCUGCACCAUCAAAGACUUCGAACGGUUCCGGACGAUCGGGACCGGCGCGUUCGGCCGUGUUCUUCUCGUCAAAUACAAGCCGACGUCGGUCUUCUACGCGAUGAAGGUGCUGGACAAGUCCAAGGUCGUCAAGAUGAAGCAAGUGAACCACACGUACAACGAGAAGAGGAUACUGCAGUGCGUGCGGUUCCCUUUCGUCGUCUACAUGGAGUACUGCUUCAAGGACAACUCGUACGUCUACCUGGUGCUGCCUUAUAUAAACGGGGGCGAGAUGUUCACCCAUCUGAGGCGAAUGGGCAAGUUCGACGAGCCUUUGGCGCGAUUCUACGCGGCGCAGGUGCUGCUCGCGCUGGAGUACCUGCACCAUUGCAGUCUCGUGUACCGUGACCUGAAGCCGGAGAACAUCUUGAUUCACAGUUCCGGUUACAUUAGAAUGACCGACUUCGGGUUCUGCAAGAUGAUCGACGGAAGAACGUGGACGCUGUGCGGCACGCCCGAGUAUCUAGCGCCGGAGGUGAUACUCUCGAAGGGCUACGGCAAGUCGGUCGACUGGUGGAGCUUCGGCGUGCUCAUCUACGAGAUGAACGCCGGCUAUCCGCCGUUCUAUUCCGGCGAGCCGAUGAAGAUCUACGAGAAGAUCAUCUCGGGAAAGUACAAGUACGCGCAACACUUCGGCGAGGAGCUGCGCGACAUCCUGAAGAACAUACUACAGGUGGACCUGACCAGACGGUACGGGAACCUGAAGAACGGCACCCUGGACAUCAAGGGCCACAAAUGGUUCCAAUCGACCGACUGGAACAUGAUCUACCAUCAGAAGAUCCAGCCGAGCUUCAUACCCACGUGCCCGAGCCCCGACGACUCGAGCAACUUCGACGAGUACGUCGAGGAGCCGUUCACCGUCGACAACGUCGACCGUUUCACCAAAGACUUCGCGAACUUUUAAUCGAGGCUCCUCGGUUGAAGCAGAGAUAUCACGGUCGAUUACGUUCUUAAGAGUUUCGUCCUGUAAAACUGUGUAUGUUCCGAGACAGGCGGUCUGUUACGCUGUGUAACGA